AUGUUGGUAUUGUAUGAGUACAAUUUUAAAGCAAUGCGUCAUAUUGCAUUAUAUUGUAAUAUUAAAUUUAAAACAGUAAAUAAUUUAAGCGGUAUGGUAACUCCACGUGUUUAAGUUUACGCCUGAUUUCAAUUUACCGAUUUUCAUAUUUUUCCAAUUAUUAGUUUUUGUUGGUUUUAGGUAUUGUAUACCUUUGUUAAGUGAUGCAAUUAUGGAGGAUCACUCAUCUUACAAUUUAAUCCAAGCCGUGGACCCAGGAAAGAUAAACAUUCCCAUCAGUGAUCGUUUUGCUAAACUAACGCUGUCUUCUAUCAAAAAAAAUGCUGGUGAACUUAAACACUUACAUCAGGAAAAGAGAGAAAGCGCGAGUCGCAACCUCAUGGAACAAUUUUCGUUGGUGCAGUCAAACAACGAAAACAAUCCGUUACCAGGAAGUGGGAGCCUAACGAGAAACUCUGACAGUGAGCUAAGCUGCAUGGAACCGCUGUACUUUACAGAAAACUCCACGCAGGAACGGGAAUCGACCGAAAUCUGCUGCCCGCUUGAUCAAAAAUCUGCGGAUAUUCUGAACAAUACGCCACAAACUUAUUUUGUAAAUGAGGAUGUUAUUUAUCUUUCUUCCGAAUCCUCUUUAGCACCCACAGGAGAAAUCGAACAAUUAACAGAAGAAGAAGAAGAUGUUAUUACCGUUUCAGAUUCUUCUCACAGUAAAAGUGAUCCCAGCAAAAUGCUAAUAUCGAGUUUGACGCUGAAUCGUAGCGCAAAUAGGAAAUUUUUUUCCAGCAAUGUCGAUAAGGGAAAGGCUAAACACAUUGAAGCUUUCCUUCGCGACGUAUCAAUAGAACGAAAAAAGACAGCAAAUCAAAAAAAUGACAUAAAGGAAAACACAUUCCUUGAUGGAUUGCCAUUAAAAGUUGGAUCAAAAGAAGAAGCAAAGCAGGCGGAAGCCAAAGGAAUAGCCGCAGCUGACACAGAAUCCAUGACAAUAGAAGAUAGCUUUAAUGCUAAUCUUCCUAUCACUCAAGAAUCAAACAAAAGUGUUAAUGUGGAGCGAUCAAAGGAAAAGUCCUCUUCGAGUACAUCUAACUUAAAUCAAAUGUCUUUAAAAAUGAAAUUAAAAGAGAUGAAGAUUGGAAGCAAAAGUCAACUAAUAACAACAGCGGACACUGAGUCAAUGACACCAGAAGAAAAUUGCAACAUUCAUUUUCCCAACUUUGACAACGAACGAAAAAAGCGUAUGCAGAAUUUAGAUAGUACCGAUUCGAUAACAUCUGCUGAUUAUUCCUCCUUUGAAGUACCCUCAGAUGAAAACAAUCAGAAGCGAUCUAGUAGAUGUGCUAGGUUCAAUUUAUCUAGUGGAGACAAGGUCAUUCCGUCUGAUAAAGAAAAUAAUUUAAUUGAUUAUUCUGUAAUUGAGGAAAGUAUAAAUGUUAGUUCUUCUUCAGAAAAAGCUUACCAAUCAUGGGACGAAUCUGUCAUUAUAUCAGAAACUGAUGACGAAACGUUCAAUAAUCAUCAAUCAACCUCGCGGCCAUAUAAUAAUGAAAGAGAAAAAAAUUCUUCAAUAUUUUCCAAUAUAUGUAAAACUAAUAGUGGAAGUGAGAGAAGUGAUUCCGUUGUAAAAAUAAACGAGGUAUCAAAUAAGUUUGGCAGCAUAAAUAUUUCUGCAAGAAUUAAUAUUAAAAUUCAUAUUCCUUCCGAUUCAUCUGAUACGAGUGACGCUGAAAGUGCAUCCCGUAUUGCCACAAGUUCUUUUGAAAACGAUUUGUCCACAUCGAAUUAUGGGACUGAAAAUCGGAAAAUGAAUGUAGCAAAAAGUUUGGACAAUACCUUAAAUUCUAAAGAGGUGGAAAACGAAGUGUAUCUUCCUGAAGCAGAAAAGCUUUUAACUGAGUUAUAUGGAAACUCUUGGCAAACUCCAGAUAUUUUGCGAACACUAAAACGCAGCAGUUAUCGAAAAAGCAAUGAAACAUUACAAGGAAUAACGAUGCCACAAGUUCGCAGAAAUAUUUAUCCUGGCUUGAAUUCGACUGGCAUUAGUACGCCCAACACUUCGAGCAACACAAGAGUUGUCUCAAAGGAAAGUGGUAAGGCUGUUGAAAAAAAGAAGAAAGAAAGUCCAAUCUGGAAACAAUGUUUGACGAAUGGUAGUGAUUUAGAGUGUACAAAUGACGCUUCAGAUGACGAUGAUGCAGACGAAACUGAAACUGAUGAAGAUUUGAUAAGUUCUAAAAUGAAGAACCAUUCGAAAAUGAGCAGUAAAGUUCGAACUCAAAAUUCAACUAGGCGUGCAAAUAAACACGAUAAUAUUAUUUACUUGGAUUUAACAAAGCAUGAAGUUGAAGUUGAAGAGGGGAUCGUGCAUAGUCCACCCGUCGAUACAGAUAAAAAGUUUAUAUCAAAUUUGGAAGAAAUCUUGCGUACAUGUCGACAUAAUGAGAAACCUAAAUUGCCAUGCACUCCGCAAUCGUCAAAAACAAAACGAAAAUUAUUCACUCCUUGCCAUGACUAUGAGGACUAUGAAAGUGGGUCUGAAAAACAAACCCCGCUUAGUAAAGACAAGGCUGCUUUAAAUGACGACGGCGAUCUUUUACAUGAUCUUGGAAUUGAGCCUUUUGACAAAAGAGGGAUCUCGAAAAGGUUACCCUUAAUUAACAAGCAAUUGCAGUCGGUGAAAAGCGGCAAACCCAUUUUCGAGAUACCGUCUCAAGAGUACAAUAUACUAAAAACGUCUAAAAAUUGCAAACAGGCUUGUAAUCCUCCUGUUCUUAGCGCUCUUCAAACGAAAAGCUUAUCCCAAACAGGAAAAACUUUGGCUUUCACUCCUCCUUAUAAGUACACUUUUCUGAAAUCACUAGACGUACGUGUUAGCAAAAGCUUUUGUCAUCCAGAAGCUCUGUGCUAUCUUGAAAAUUAUCAUACGCAAAAGCAGGAACUCUCUAAGGUUUUAUACGAUUUAUUUAAUGAAAAAGUAUUUAAUAAUAAAUUAGAGGUCCAAGUGAUAUGGAAUAAAAGACUCUGUAGUACUGCUGGACGAUGCUUGAAUAAGAAAAAAGCGGGAAUAAGACUAAGUUUAAUCGAGCUAAGUGAUAAAGUAUUGACCAGCGCUGACAGACUUCGCUGCACGUUAAUACAUGAGAUGUGUCAUGCGGCUGCAUGGAUAUUUGAUGCUGCAAAAGGCCAUGGUGCCACUUGGAAACAAUGGGCUUGUCGCGCAAACUUCAUUUUCCCAGAACUACCGAAAAUUGGCGUGUGCCAUCAGUAUGAUAUCGAGUACAAAUAUACGUAUAAAUGCUGCCUAUGUGGCGCAAAAUCACACGCUCACUCCACUUCAAGAAAAGUCGAAAACAUAAGAUGUUCAUAUUGUCGCGGAGCAAUCGAGAUAUUUUUAAAUAAAAAAGAUAAAGAAGGUAAUAUAAUACCCACACCUUUGAGGGAGCCGACUGGUUUUGCUAAAUUUGUUAAAGACAAUUAUAAAACGUACAAACAAGUUGAUCGAAAACACUCAGAAAUUAUGAAAAUUUUGAGCACUGAAUUUGCCGCCCUGAAGAUAAAUCAAAAGAAUUAAGAACAGAUAAAACUUAUGCUUUUAAUAUACGUCUCUUAAAAUUAAUAAACUAUACGUUUAGAAUUACAAUGUUGUUUUAGUUGCCAAGUAUGAGAUAA